CCAUAAUUCUUCCACCUUUAAUGAUUACCAAAUUAACUUAGCUUCUAAUUCCUUUUUGUUUAAUUAGACGGCACCUUACAUUGCUUCUCCACUCCAUAGAAAUUGAGAAAAAGUACAAUCUUUCCCAUCACUACACACCCAUUUCUUGCAUCCAUAAAGAGUUACCUUGAUUACUAUAAGAAAAGUCCUAUACACAAAAUAUCAAAACAAAGAAAAAUGAGUCCUUCCUCUUUCUUAUUCCUCUCCCUCACAAUUUUCUUGUGUUCUUUCAAUCCAUUUGUUGAUGCCAACAAUCUCAUCCGACAAACAUGCAAGAAUUGCUCUAAAAAUGAUCCCAACAUAAGCUACAAAUUUUGCACAACAUCUUUUCAAUCGGAUCAUAGGAGCCAAUGUGCCCAAAACCUUGAAGAAUUAGGUCUCGUAGCUAUCAAAUUAACAAGGCACAAUGUGACAAAUACUAGUGAUUACAUCACAAGGCUUUUAAAGAAGAAAACUAGUGAUCCAUUUAUUAAAGAAUGCUUGGAGGAUUGUCUUGAAGUAUAUUCUGAUGCCAUCGCAACUUUUAGGGAAGCCAUUAGAGAUUAUAAGGCAAAGCGUUAUGAAGAUUGCAAUUUCAAACUUAGCUCAAUCAUUGAUGCUUCGACAACUUGUGAAGAUGGAUUCAAGCAAAAGAAUGACGUGAUUUCACCUUUGACAAAGAGAAACAAAAAUGUUUUUCAGCUUUCUGCUAUAGCACUUUCGAUUGUUAACAUGCUCAAUAUGGAUACUUAAACAAAAUUCUUUCUUUUAUCCUAUUAGAAUUCUAGCUAUUAUUUAUGAAUGAAAUAUAUUAUUACAAAAUUCUCUCA